AUGGGUGGCUCGGGCGGCGCGGGCUGGCCGCGCGAGGCGCCGGCGUUGUUGAGCACGGCGCUGCUGUUGGGCGGCGCGCUGCCGCAGCGCCCGCAGCCGCCGCUCUUCACCAUCGACAGCAUCCUGGCGCCGCGCCCGCAGCCCGCCAUCCCGCCGCUGCAGCUGCACCACCUCGCACACACGCCCUUCCACAGAGCGCACGACCUCUUUGGUACGUCUGCCAAGCUGUUAAUGAUACAUGGAGUCGGCGGCGUUGGCAGCGCGGUGUCAGGCGCAGGCGGGUACGCGGGGCUAUACGGCGGGUACGCAGCGGCGGCGCUAGCGGGGCUGGCAGGCCCACCGCCCAAGCGCAAGCGCCGCCACCGCACCAUCUUCACGGAGGAGCAGCUCGAGCAACUUGAGAGUACCUUCGACAAGACCCACUACCCUGAUGUUGUGUUACGCGAGCAGCUGGCUCUACGCGUCGAUUUGAAGGAGGAACGGGUUGAGGUGUGGUUCAAAAACCGGCGCGCAAAGUGGCGCAAGCAAAGGCGUGAGGAACAGGAGCGCCUGCGCAAGUUGCAGGAGGAGCGCGCAUGCGGGCGCGCGCCGCUACUGCCGCGCUCGCCGCCGGCGCACACACCGCCUGCGCAGGCGCACCACGCGCCUCCGCCCGCGCCGUCGACGCCGCGCACAUACACCGACGACUCCGAUUCCGACCUCGAGGUCGCUUGAACACCUAGAUCUAAAUCAUAGUGAAGCGCAAAGAACUAAAAUGAUUAACUGAUGAACUAGCUGUUCAAAGUGGAAGUGAUCAUGCAUUCAAAACAUUUUUGUAAUUCGCUAACGCCGAUAACUACAAUUAUGAAAACUAGGCUUUCUGAACUGAAUGGCGAAUAGUGAAUAAUAAAUGCAAAGAAUUGGUAUAACUAACUUAGUGCGUCUAAAGUGGCGUGUUGAAAAUGUUCGAAAUAAAAACAUUACGGAUAUAAACGAUAUAAUAAAAUGAUUAUCUUCAACUCUAAUACGACAACAUACAAGUGAAUAUAGAUUAAAACGGAAUAUAUAGUAGAUAAAUAAAAUAUACUAUUGCAGGUUCAGCAGUCAAAACUAUUGUAUAAAUCACUGAUAAUUUAAUUACUUAAUACAAUACAUAUAAUAAAUUAAAUUAAUUAAUAAUUUAUCGUGUACUUAUCAGCUAAGAAUGUAUCUAUACAAAUGUAUCUAGAUAUUUAGUAAUAGAUAUAAUAUUAAGUAGUUGAUACUUAGCAAUCUGCAUUAUAGUUAACAUAAAAACCUUUACGAUCUUCUAAUACCUAUUAUAAUCAUGAUGUCAUUCAUUACACUAACUUAAACCUUCUUGUUUAAUAUAUUAUAGGUACCUAAUCCUGUCGCUGUGUACUUUUACAUUAUUAACAUUUCAGAUCUUAUGUUUCUUGUAUUUUAUUUUUUGUACCUUAUAUUAUUCUGUUUAUAUCAAAUUUAUAUUGCAGCAGUCUGGAACAAACAUAGUUUACUGGCUUAUUAUGCACAACAAUUUAAAUAGAUAUAAAUAAAUACUAUUUGUAUUCGACAUCAGGGAAAUACAUAAUAAUGGUU